AUGAAGCUUCGUCCAUCGGUCGCUCUGCAGUUUCUUGGCGUAUGUAUAGUCGCUGCAAAGACUCACUAUAGGCCUGUGGUUUUAUAUCACGGAUUGGGAGAUACAUCAGAGUCAAAAGGGAUGACCCAGUUGAAGGAAACUCUCGAGACGGAGCUUCCAGGCGUCUAUGUGAAAUCAAUUCGAAUUGGGAAUACUGAAUCAGAAGAUCGAGACUACACUUUUAUUGACAAUGUGAAUCGUCAGAUUGAUGAGGUUUGUGAAGCUCUGGCUGAUGACGACAAACUCUUUGAUGGUUUCAAUGCUAUUGGAUUUAGCCAAGGUGGUUUGUUUUUGCGCGGAUACAUUGAGAGAUGCAACGAUCCUCCAGUACACAAUUUGAUUACCUUUGGUACUCCUCACAGUGGAAUAGCUGAGAUUCCAAACUGUCCCUCAGACAAGACAGAUAUUACGUGUCAAGUUGCACGAGGUCUUAUUGGACGUGGUGCUUAUCUCUCUUUCGUGCAAGAACGAGUAGUUCAAGCUCAAUACUACAAGAAUCCUAAAGAACUUGAAUUUUAUUUGAAGGCUUCCAUAUUCCUCGCUGAUAUCAACAACGAGCGUGAUGUGAAAGAGCCGUCAUAUGCCGUCAAUAUGGAAUCACUAAACAAGCUUGUAAUGGUGCAAUUCCUAAAUGAUACUACGGUAGUGCCCAAAGAAACGGCUUGGUUUGGCUUCUACUUGGACGGUGAAGAAGGUAUUACAGCUGGACUUCGAGACUUGCCAAUCUAUAAAGAAGACUGGAUUGGUUUGAAGAAACUUGACAAGGCAAAGAAGCUUGAAUUUCUGGAUACUGAGGGAGGUCAUAUGCAAUUCACCAUUGAAUUCUUUAUUGAAAAGAUUGUUCCGUACUUGUCAGAACCCAUUCUUGUCGCUGCUCACCAUAAUUCAGAAGAUCUCCUUGUAGAUCAAAACUAA